UGCGAGCGUGCGACGCUAGCUGACAGCCAAGAAAGCUUCAAGUGUAAAGAAAUAAAUAAAUUAAAUCGCUUUUGUGUGUUGAGAGUUCGUGCGUGAGUCGUUCCAAGUGUUUUGCAUAAAAUGAAGCUGCUGGGAUUGUUGCUGCUGUGCCUGGCUCUGGCCACUACCAAUGCCAGAGUGCUGCAGCCCAGACAGGCCGACAUACCUGUGACCAUUGUGCAGGAGAGCGAGCAAAAGCUGGAGGAGCAGCAGCCAGUGGCAUUGCCGCUGAUCAAGGAAGCGGUGAAAGAGCAAGAGAAGGAACAGCCCAUUGAGCAGCCAGCCACAGAGCAGCUUAAGCCCGAAGAGCCAAAGCCAGCAGAGAAGGCAGCACCCGCUCCAGUGGCAGAAGAAAAGGCAGCACCAGCUGCAGUUGCAGAAGAGAAGGCAGCAGAGAUUCCAGAAGUCAAAGCAGCCGCUCCAGCUGUCGAAGCCGCCGGCGCUCCCGCUCCAGCUGUAGAAGCAGCAGCCGCACCUGCUCCCAUUCCAAUUGCUGCUGCUCCUGAGAUUGUGGCACAGCCUGAGCCCAAAAUUGAGGAACCUGCAGCUCAACCCAUCUUGAAAUCCCUGCCAGCUGAAGAGCCCGUCCAAGUAGAAUCCCAACCCGAGCAAAUUGUGCCUGCUGUCGUUCCCGUUGAAGUCGCCGCCCCAGCUGAGGUGCAACCACAAGUGCGUCAAGCUACUCAGGCCACGCCCACUCAACAGUCGAGCACACAGCAAAACUUUGUGCAGCAAUUGAUACAAAACUCACCCAUUGGCCAGUUCCUGAAUCAGUUCAAUGGUCAGCAGCAGCAACAAGCGCAGGCCGAUCAGCCAGCUACACCUGCUCCUACCAUUCCCGGUUUCUUGAAUCCCGGCGCCGCCAUCACUUCCGCUCAGAACGCCGUUCAGAACGCUGCGCAAUCUGUGGUCAACACCACCACUCAAGCUUUCCAGGGCAUACAGCAGUUUGCCAAUAAUCUGGGCACUCAGUUCCAGAACACGCUCUCCGGCUUGACUGGCCAGCAGCAGGCUCAGCCCACUACGCCACGCCCACCAGGUCCCAUUCAGUCGUUUGUCAACAAUGUCUUCGGUGGCAACAACAAUGCUACAGCUGCUGCACCCGCUCAGCAACAGCCAGGUCCAAUUCAGGGUAUUAUCAAUUUCCUAGGCGGCAAUCGUCCUCAGAACAAUCCAGCUCCAGCGCCUGCUACUGACGCGCCCGCCAAGCCUGCAGUCGAUGAUAAAAUUGAGUCCGCGGAACAAGCUAUUGAGGAGCAGCAAGCUGAGGCGGACAACGAGGUGCGCAACAGCAACGAGGCCAUUGAUGACUCCUUCGAAGAAGCUGUGCCCUCCAACGAGGUGAUUGUGGUCAACGAUGAUGCCAGCGCUGCCGAAUCCGAGCCAGAGCCUGUGGUGCUCAAGUCGCCCGAGUUGCAGCCAGAGCCAGUUGCUGCUCCCGUUGACGCAGUUGCUCUCUAAAUUAUUAUAAUAUGCAUCUCAGACUGAUAAAGCCAUUUCAUCGCCAUUCUUUCGUCGCCUAAAAAACGAAAUGAGAGAGUUAAACACACACACACACACAUAAGAAGUGUUUGCUUAGUUCGUUAAGUGCAUGCCUCAAACCUAUUUAUUUCAUUUUCGCAGGAAUUUAAUAUUUAAU